UCCUCCUUUAUAGAAGCCAACAACGAAAGCAGUCUCCAAGAUGGCUACUGUGACAUUGAAAAGAAAACGUUCAUUGGAAUCUGAUGAUGCUCUUGCACAGAACUGUCCUAGCAAACGCGACAGACUUUCCUGUGAAUCUCAGUCGCGGUGGCACUCUCCUCCACCUCCACCGUGUGUGACUACUUUACCCGACCUUCCAAACGAGCUUCUACUUAAAAUCCUUGCCGAGUUGCCCGACACCGUCGAAAUUAUCUUUGCUCUGGCUACUACGUGCCGCCGACUUAAUGAAUUUGCCAUGACUUAUCAUUUUAAGCGAGUCUCCUAUGAACUUUUCGAUGGCACUCGUCGGCCCUUCGCCUCUUUCCAGAUGCUUCGCGUGUCGUUCAUUUAUACACCAUCUCUGUCGGUCAUCCGCUGCAAGUUCUCCAAUAACUUUUACAAGGAGAUGAGGGAGGUCAAGCGAUCUCUCGCCCCUCUCAAACGUAUGGGCUUGUUUCCGGGCAAGUUCUCCGUUUCCUGUGAGAACAUGCAUUGGCCAAAGUUGCCCACAAAGCAGCACGUUGCUUUCUUCCACGAUCUCAGCAAACUCAAGUGCAAGACGAUGAACACGCACUCUUCGCCGAUCUCUGCAUUUGUGAGGCCGGGCGGGAACAUAACGUUCGACCCUCCCGUUCUCACCAAACUCUUAAAUGUUACCUUAUCUAAGCGUCCGGAACAAUACAUUGUUUGGAUGCUGAACUCUAUCAAAGAGUCGCCCGUCAAGACGUUGAAUCUAAACUCCCUUUCCGACGACGUCCUUCUGAAAAUCAACGAGUUUUCUCUUAGCAAACUUCGAAAUGUGACGGUCUUGAACUGCACAUUCAGUUUCGCAGCCUUUUCGGUGUUCCUCGAACGCCACCCACACAUUGCAACUCUUCACCUGCGAACAUGGAACCCGAUAUCAAAAAUUGGGGGGAAGAGGGAACCUAGGGGAUCAGACCACCCAAAGAUGUCGUUGGAACCUGCGACUCGCAUGUCAUUGACAUGCAUCAGUGGUACAGCAACGACCCUUCACGCACUACUUUCCAAUCCGGAGGUAUUCCCCGUUCUUCAAUCAGUUACCGUCACUGGUGAAGAUGCCUCAGGAACCCAAGAAGCGCUAGUUUUGAUAUCGCAUAUACCUUCAGUCGGCCGUCUUAGUGUUACUCUCAAACGCUUGAAUGCUGCCGAAUGGCUGCGAUUCAAAUUUCCUCGCUGGAGAGGAUGGGACGCGAAGAGGGCAGAACCCUUGCUCACAAAGAUCACCGACUUUUCGAUUACCUUCAUUACUGUAGAUGUCAUCGAAGCCGUCGAAGUUCCCGCUGCUGUGGGUUUAUUCCCAAACUUGAAACGGUUUCGCACAUUGUCGUCGAACUAUUCGGAGGAAGCCAUACUUGGUUUUGUUAGAAGGAUGAAAUGUGUCUGUCCGGGUUUGGAUACUGUGACUCUGAAUUCGUCUGAUUUCUCUACGGAUCUAAAGUGGUUGCGGCAGAAGGAGAUGAAACUGAAGGAAAAGAAAGGAAAGUGAAGCACAUGGCGCUUGAUGAUAUCAAUCCUUGAGUGUUACUUUAUGUUCUACGUACCUGUUCUCUUACAAUGACUGGUUACAGAGUACACGACUCAGAGCUUGGAUCAAAUAAAAAUUUUCUUUAGCUGGG